AUGUGGAUAAAUCGCGAGACAGCAAAGUUUCUAUCUAGCCCACUGCCAUCAACAAAAUUGCCACCACACUUCUAUGUUUCAAGUGACAAAUCCACACCAAGUCGUAUAACGAAUCAUGCAAUAAUGAUAUGCUUAAUGGUCGAUGGCAAGCAUUGUGCUAUUCCAGUUAAUGCGCCUGAGGUAUACACUAAAAGUGAUGAUGAUGGAGAUGUCUCAGGUGCUGAUGCAAAGGAACUAGUAACAAAUCUAUACAAACAGUUUGAAAAUGCUUAUUCGUCCAUCUCCAAAGAAAUGAUGAAUGGAUCUUAUCAAGGCACUGUCUGCGAUGGUGCUUAUCAAGCUGCUGAGUUUGAAGCAACAUUAAGAGAGCUCUGCAAACAAGAAGAUUCUGGAGACUUUUUUGUCGUGUUGUGGUAA